AGAGGAAUGGCUGCGGCAAACAACGGAUCAAACACAACUAGGACCUUUACAAAUCAGUUCGUACAACCGGCUUGGCGCAUCGUGCUAUGGUCGGUCGCGUACAGCCUUGUGCUCGCGGUAGCGGUUUUUGGGAACCUGAUAGUGAUUUGGAUCGUAUUAGCGCACAAGAGGAUGCGAACCGUGACAAACUACUUUUUACUCAACUUGGCUUUCUCUGACGCCUUAAUGGCCGCGUUCAACACCUUGAUUAAUUUCAUAUACGCUGCUCACGGCAAUUGGUACUUUGGAGAAUCAUACUGCAAGUUCCACAACUUUUUCCCUGUCACAGCAGUGUUUUCAAGCAUCUAUUCAAUGUGCGCAAUCGCAGUCGACAGGUACAUGGCCAUCAUCCACCCGCUGAAACCACGGCUGUCAGCUACAGCUACCAAGGUGGUGAUCGUGUGUAUCUGGGCGCUGGCCGUGGUGCUGGCCUUCCCCCUCUGCUUCAACUCCACCAUCCGUAUCCUGCCCCGCCGGACCAUAUGCUACGUGGCCUGGCCCCGGCCCUCGGAUGACUCCUUCAUGUAUCAUAUCAUUGUGACGGUGCUGGUGUAUGUGCUGCCCCUAGUGGUGAUGGGUAUCACCUACACCAUUGUGGGGGUGACGCUGUGGGGCGGAGAGAUCCCAGGGGAAGCAUCAGACAACUACCACAGCCAGCUCACAGCCAAGAGGAAGGUGGUGAAGAUGAUGAUCAUUGUGGUGGUGACUUUCACCCUCUGCUGGCUGCCGUACCACGUCUACUUCAUCGCGACGGGCCUCAACAAGGCUCUGAUGAGGUGGAAGUCCAUCCAGCAGGUCUACCUGUCAGUGCUGUGGCUGGCCAUGAGCUCCACCAUGUACAAUCCCAUCAUCUACUGCUGCCUCAACAGCAGGUUCCGGGCGGGCUUCAAGCGGGUAUUCUAUUGGUGCCCGUUCAUCCGGGUAUCCAGCUAUGACGAGCUGGAGCUGCGCAACACCACCACCCGCCACCAAUCCGGUCACCAGGGCAGCAUGUGCACCCUCUCCCGCGUGAACACCAGGACCAUCAUUCCCAACCAUCGCCACCACAGCUUCAAAAAGGCCGUCUCCAGCAGCCAUGGCAAUACCCGUGUUAACGGAGAUAGCAAUGUGAACCAUGGCAACCAGCCGGAGGUAGCCAAGUCUAACCUUUGCAGUGACCCCGAUGAUGUGGCUGACGAUCAGUUCUCGUGAGAUGUUGAUGACGACCACAACCAACUUCUAGAAUGUUCACGAGUGGUUUGGAAAGUCCUUGUCAACGUUUCACCCUCUGAACUGUCCCUCAAACAUUCCAAGCAAGCCUUUACAUGUUUUUAUUUGACCAAACACGAGUAUUUCUCUCUGAGUUUGCUGCAAACACAGUUGUUCUUUGAUGCAGUGAGAUUCAUUCCAUUUGCUUAGCUUUCAAAAGCAUUUAUUCCUGCCUUUUCUCAUUUCCACACCCCCAUCUCACGACACUGACUGGACAUCUGGUAGGCUGCUGUCUCAACAGGCCAAAUACGUGGGCAGAUUUGUGACAUCUGGACUAAGCAUUGAAGGCAGAGCUUACCAGUAGUUACCAGUGUGUGUGUUUGAGUGCACAUCUAUUACUCACUGGCUAUUGCCUCAGGCAGUCUCCCACUGAAAGAUUGUUAUGAGGGGUUGGUGGUUGGGCAUAUAUACCACUGAUCAAACGUUUGGGGUCACGGAGAAAAUGUCCUUGUUUUUGAAAGAAAAUUACUUUUUU